GGAACGCUCUAAAAAAAAACAUGGUGACAGUUUAGUACGAACACAGAACAGAUUAUUUUUUCUUAUUUACACCUAAUUACAUUUAUACUAAAAUAUUGGCGCCAAUAAUAUAUUAAAUUACCACUUUGGCAUAAAGUGAACAAUAAUUGCAAAGUUUUAUCGGUAUAAAAAAAGUGAUUGUUUGAUUAAUAAAAAUGGAAAGAGGUUAUACAGUUGAAAAAAAACAUAUAGUAACGUUUGAGUGGAAAAUAAAAAACAUAAGUUUAUAUUUACAAUCUGAAAGUAGUAAUAGAAAAUUUAGGUCUCCUUUAUUUUCAGCAAAAGCUGAUGUAAAUAAUUUAUGGGAGUUACAUCUUGACUUCAAUAAUAAUCCACAAUCAGUAGCUAAAGACUUCGUGUCAAUACGUUUACAAUCUUUGAUAAAUGAUUGUAACAUUCAAACAGAAUUUACAUUUUAUAUUUUAAAUAAUGAAAAAGUAAGAACUAACGAUCGAACUUUGAUGCAUGUAUUUGAAAGCAAUAAAACUUGUUAUGAGAUUUCGGAUUAUAUAGUAAAAACAGACCAAUUGUUGAUUCAAGAAGUACUUCUACCUCAUGACGCCUUGACAGUUGGUGUUGAGUUGGUAAUAUUUGAUAAUACUCCAGAUGUUCCAAUAAAGAAAUCAAUGAAUCUAAUGACUCAGGAUUACAAGCAACUUCUUGACAAUAAAACCGGCAGUGACAUUGUCCUAGCAGUGGGUGACCAAAAGUUUGAGGCUCAUAAGUCGAUCUUGAUGGCCCGCAGUCCAGUUUUUCUUACGAUGUUUACUAAUAACAUGAAAGAAAGUAGCGAAAGAGAAAUAACUAUAUCAGAUAUUGAGCCUGAAAUAUUUAAAAACAUUUUAUACUCAAUUUACACUGAUGAAGUGACUGAAUUAGAUGAAAAUGCUGAGGAUUUGCUUGAAGCUGCUGAUCGUUUUCAGUUACUGUCACUUAAAGAAAUGUGCGAAGAAUCUCUUUGCAAGUCUGUGACUGUUGAAAGAGCGAUUACGAUUCUAACAUUAGCAAAACGACAUAACGCAAAGCAGUUGGUAGAUUUUGUAGCUGGUUUUAUAGUAAAAAAUGGCGACAAAGUUGUCGCAACUCCUGAGUAUAACAUAAUGGAAGAAUCACAUCCAUCAUUAGUAUCGAUUUUGUUUAGAAAAUCUGUUUCAGUGAAAGGAUACAAAUUUUAACUAUGAUGUAUGGUGAUUAAUUAUUGAGUUGUCAUUUUUUUCUACAAGAUUUGAUCCAUCAACUAAAAAGGCGGAUUGGGAAUCGCAUCUUACAAUUUUUUUUUCACUAAUCUAAUUUUUCAUUGAGGCCAUUCUCAGACAGUGCCCUCCACUUUCUAGAAAUUUUGAAUUACAGCUCUCCUAAGUGCAUCAAAAUUUUAUCAAUUAAUUCAACAACAAUUUAAGUAUUAAUUGAAAAGAAGACGACGGAAGUCUUUGAAUUAAUUUUUCUCAUUCAAAACUUUAUGUAUAUGUAGUUUUUUAUUAUAUUCAUUAAUAACAAACAUAUACUAUUACUCAUUUAUUCUAAUGCAACAUACUUUUCUAGAAGUGAUAUCAUAAAUCAUAUAUUUGUAUUAACGACAUUACAAUUGCAUACUUUAACUACUUUUUUGUAAUCAGUCAUAAGAGUUAAUUAGAAAAUUCUGUAGUUCAAAAUAUUUUGUAUUUUUAUGAAAUAUUAAUUAUAUUUUUAUGUACUGAAAAAUAAAAGGCAGUACUUCAAU